AUGGGAGACCCCUUGGGCCGCUGGAGCAGCCCCCCGAGCCGGCGACUACGACGACAGGUCCUCGUUCCGACCCCCCAACACCUUUGCCCGCCCAGCGGGAAAAGCAUCUACCAGCAGCGCAAGGACUACGGGCAGACCCUGCUCCGGGCCCAGCAAGAGUUCCAGCACCACGUGGAGCACCUGCUGUCGCUGCGCCUGGAGCGGGAUUUGCGCAGCCCCGAGGAUUCUGGGCGGUUGAAGGCGCUGGAGGCGCAGGGAAGGAUUUGGGGGCAGGAUGUGACCCUGCAGGUCAAGGACCAGGAGCUGGUGCUGAGCGAUGUGGAGAGCAAGGAGGAGCUGGAGUCAUUCCCGCUGGGAAGUGUCCAGGGCUGCACGGCUGGGCUGGAGAACACGGUGUUGGCCGUGAGCGUCCAGGAGUGGAGCCCCCCCGGGACCACCGUGCUGCUCUUCCAGUGCGAGCGGUCGGGGGCAGAGGCGCUGAGGACCAGCCUGGAGAAGGUGCUGCGGCAGCGCAGGGAGGAGCAGAGGGGCCACCAGGGCUACAGCCCGGACGUGCCGCCGAGCGCGACCCCCCCGUACGGGGCCCCGGAGCCCCCCGAGCCCGACUUCCAGGUGCCCCCCCCCGCGCGGGCCGCCCCCCCAGCGUGGGUGUCCCCAGGUGCCCCGGACCCCCCCCAGGUGACCCGGGCCAACCCCCCAGCACAGCUCACGGCCGAGGUGGACCGAGAUGUCGAGGUUCUGAACCACGUCCUGCGGGACCUGGAGCUCUUCGUGGCACAGCUGAAGGUGUCCCCGGGCUCCCUCGGCCACAAGAAGAAGAAAAGCAGAAGAACCCGGCGCCCCGUGUGUGUCCCCCCACUGCCCCCCAAGGAGGACUUCGAGCAUUUCUUCCAGAAGGUGAAAUAUGCCCUGAACCUGCUGGGCCGGACCCACCAGCACGUGCAGGACCCCGACCCCACCGAGCUGCUGCGGCUCAUCUUCGGCCGACCUUUGUGAGUGCUGUCCCGCUGCCCCAGCCCCGGCCUGGCCCCCGCCGUGGAGACCCCGCUGCUGCUGCCGGAGGCGCUGGAACUGAUGGAGCAGAGCCUGGGAGAUGACGAUUACGGCACCUGGAAGAGCCUCGGCAUCACUUGGAACAGGGCCAGGGCCGAGUACCCCAACGGCGCCCAGGUGCCCGGGUACGUGCCGGUGUUCUCGGACGGGUGGCUGCCCCCCCCGAGGGAGCAGGAGCGGCCCGGGGGGCUCCAGGACCCCCGCCCCCCGCCUCAGGUGCCUCAGCUCGCCCGGGCCCCUCGGCCCUGCCCGCGCCCCCCGCCCAGGACCCGCCCCCCAGGUAAGUGCCCCCCGUCCCCGAGGGGCGCUGAGGGUGGGGGCAGGGUGUGUCCCCCCCGGUGGUGACCCGCCCCCUCCCCAAUUUGCAGCCCCCUCGGCCCUGCCCAGGGGCUGUUCCGAGCCCUCUACGACUUCCAGGCUCGGAAUUCCCAGGAGUUGAGCGUCAGGAAGGGGGACACGCUGCAGGUCCUGAGCCAGCAGAAAUGGUGGCUGGUGCAGGACGAGCGCGGGGACCGGGGGCACGUCCCGGGCAACAUCCUGGAGCCCCUCCCGGAGCCGGGCCGCGGGGGGGGCCCAGCGCCGGUCAGGUGGGCGUCCCCCCCUCCCCUGCCCUCCCCGAGCCCCCCAUCAGGAGGGGUGGCCGGGGCACAUCCCGUUGUCCCCUCCCGUGUCCCCCCAGGACAGCUCCCCACUCUGCGCCCCGACUCCACUCCGGCGGAGGUGACGGCCUGGCUGGCGGACAAGGGCUUCUCGCGGAUCACGGUGCGGAGCCUGGGGGUGCUGCGGGGGCAGGAGCUGCUGCAGAUGAGCCCCGAGGAGCUGCGGGCGGUCUGUCCCGAGGAGUGGCGGAGGAUCCUCUUCAAGCUGUCGGCCGCCAGAACAUCGCUGGAGGUUUGAGCCACCGAGGCCGCUCCGAUGUCCCCGCCCUGUCCCCACCACGCCACUCCCGGGA